AUUUUUAAAAUCUUUAUAUCUACUGGCACACAGUGCGAGAUCAGGUCUCUGCAGUUCCCCGCUAGUCGUGUCAGAAAACAGUCGCCUGAUUGAAUGCACUUACACCACGCUUUUUCAUUAGAAGGAUAAUAAACUUGAUAAUUACUUGGACAAACAACAAUAACAAGACAAUGAGACCGCUCAUUGUUUUGAUGCUCUUGUAUUGCUUUUGCAUCAGUAUUGGUCGUACCAGGGAGAUAACUCACGAAGACAUUAAAGAUGCAAUGUUGAGCUUAGUACAUAUGAUGAGGGAGAAUACAGAAAAACUCGAAAGGCACGAAGCAAGAGAGCGGCAGCUGGGCGAGCAAUUAAAGAAAACCAUAACUAUCUUGACAAAGCGGGUAUCCGCUGUGGAUGGUCUGAAACUGCAGCUGAAUAAAUUGGAUGAGAGAAUCUCGGGACUAGAGCAUCUGUUCACGCAGAGGGAUGAAAGAGAACGUAUACAAAUGCAGAAGACGAUGGACAGUUUGGAAGAUCUGGAAAGCCGCUUGGAAGGAUGGUUCACGGAUAUUGAAAAUAAAGUUGCAGAAAUAAAUAGUCGCUCAGAAACUACAUCAAACAAUAAUUUUACCGAUAUUCUCAAUAAAUUGAAUAAUAUCGAAAAUAAUUCGAUUGAGGGAAUUGCAAGACUCAAAAAGGAUCUGCAUAAUAACGGGGAAAAGAUGAAUAAAGAAUUAAUUACUCUAAUGGAGAAGGCACAUACAAUUUUCUUAGAGAUGCAGGACGUAGCCAGCAGAAUUGAGGAUAUCGAAAACUUUCUAGAGAAGAUAAGACAGCUGAUGCAGACUAUUCAAGAGAAACCGUCGGAGCGGCAAAUGGAUUUGGCUCCAACUUUAGACGAACACAUCAGGACGUUAGUGCGAGUACAAGAAUUAAUACAGAACUCUUCUGAUAGAUUACAUGAAUUACCCAGGAUAAAUGAAGUGCAGGCGUUGCACAAUGAGACGCAGGCCAUGUUGCAAGAAACUAAGCACGCAUUGAAGGAUGUCGUUACAAGGGGCAUCAAUAAUAUCGAGGAUAAAAUAACAGAGACUAAAGAAGAAACGAAGGAUUCAGUAGCAGCAUUACGAAUGGACUUGGCAAACAAUGCAGAACGUGUUAAUCAGGAAUUACAAGAUUUGGAAAAGAGUCAAUCCGUGAUGGUUUCCAUGGCCGAUCACGUGUUAGAUACAAAAAAAAGGGUAGAGUAUGGUGUACAUCAGAUUUUGCUUGAAGUUGGCGAUCUGGUAAAGGCACAAGGUAUCAACAUUAAUAAUACUCUUAGUCAAAGAUUCGAUGGAAUCUCGAACGACAUCAUGGAUAAUCAGAACGGUGCCUUGGCAAACCUUACUAGUAAAAUGGAACAGGAGAUGAACAAAGUCUGGCGACAGAUCAACGUGAUGUACCAGCAGAUGUCAGAGAGUGCUCGAGCUUUAGACAAACUACAUCAACAAAAUGAAGUCUACGUUAACGGUACCACAUCUACUAUGGGUGGAAUGGAGAGUAAGGUUGGCGAAAUAACAAAACGUAUGACGGAAGUAGAUGAGAACUUAAACUAUCUGCUCGGUCGCUUGUCCUUAGUAACGCAAGAAUUCAAUCAGAUUAAGACAGGCUUAGGAAAAGCAUUGGACAAUAUCAAGGCUUCUUUUAAAGUGGUCCAAGAGAAAGCGUUAGACUUGACCCAUCCGGGUCCUCAUCCGCUUCCGGAAAAUUACAAGAACCCGAACGAAUCCGAGACCAGAAAACCUGAGGGUAAGCCUCUGUCGGAUCUCGAAAGUCAUAUCUUCAACAUACCCUCCAAUUGACAAGGUUUUUUUUUAAAGGUUUCUAAUUAAUUUCAUUUGUUCAUUAAAACAAUGUAAAGUCCUAUAAGCACAAAGAACUCUCGUAAUAUUUUUUACGGUUUUCUAGUAACAAAAUUAAACCUUAAAAAUUUUGUUGCCAUUAAUUUCUUUAUUGCGCAAACUGUUUGUUUUAGUUGUGACCGUAAAGUAAGCCCUAUCCGACUCUCAGAUUAAACAGUUGGUUUGAGCUAAUCUCAGCAGAAAAGAUAGUUUUUUCAUCUUUAGUGAAUUAACAUCACAUACCACCACCAGCAUUAUUAUUUGCCAUCAUACUCAUCAUUGUAAAAAAAAAUUGUAAGAUAUAUUACCAUUUGGAAAACUUUCGAAUAUAUUUAUAUUCCUAA